AUGGGAACACUGCCGGCCAGUACAAUUGGCCUAUGUAGAAGAAGGAGAAAAUCAUCCAAGAAGGGAUUCACUGCUAGACCAUGGCCUCUGCCAAUGUUCGGGGAAUUUGAUGAGCCAAUGGAGAGAAGGAAGGACUUCUUCACUCAAACAGAGCCAACACAGCCAGGUCUGUUCACCUCUGACCUUGAGCUGAACCUGAGCGCCAUGGCGCAAUAUCUUCCCAACUUCGGCGAGGACAGUCCGUUGCGAGAGGAAGCCCGCAAACACCUUGCUCGAGGCAGCGACGGGUUUCUCAAGAUCUUACUAGUCCUUUCCUGUCCUCGGUUGAGAGCGCUCUACUUUGCUCGAGGCCACAAAGAAUCAGCCAGAACGACCACGCAGCCAGGAAGCAGUCUCCAAUGGCUGGAAAUCGUCACUAUGGCACACCGGGACCAAGAUAUCUUGCAGUGGCCGCCAGGACUACAAUCACUCAAACAUGUCGCACUAAAGGCCGAGGCUGGAACGUGGUUGGACAAGCAGGAAGCGUCAUUCGGCGAGAACUGGAUGUCAAAGCUCUUGAAUCUGCCCAAUCUGGAGUCCCUUUACUUCCACGGCUGGCGUGUCGAGCCUGAUGACGAAGACGAGAAUUUCGAUCAUUACCUGAUCGAAGGCUGUUCGUCACUACGCCACCUGUUCCUCGAUGGUCUCACUUACUUUGAUCCAUACGUGUGGUAG